ACAAUAUGGCGGCUUCAGUGAGUGAAUUUGAGCCAUGGUUAAGUGCAAAGUUAAAAUCUUUGAAAACUGAUGAAGGAGUUUUCGGCAACUAUAUAUCUGGUAUAUUAGAAAGCGAGGAUUCUGUAGAUGAAAAGAAAGAUGCCCUGGAGGGUAUACUUUCCGAAAUUUUGGAGAGUGAUAUAUCAGAACAUAUUAAUGAAAUAAUAGAGAAAUGGGAGUCAUGUAAGCCUAAAGAAGUGUUGAAACCUGUGGCUAAUGUAGACAUCCAAUUAGCUAAGCUCUUAGAAUCACAGUCACUUGCAACCACUACACGGCGAGAAUAUACCGAUGAGGAGAAAAAAAUACGUGAAGCAAUUUUAUCUCAAUACAGUCAACUUUCAGAUAAUGAGGAAGAUCAGUGCAAUGCUGAAGAACCGGAAAGCUCCGAUUUGGUAAAGAACACAAAUGCCCUGGAUGUUGCUGCUGCUGCUAAAGAAAGAAGGGAACAAGCCAGACUUGAGGCUCAGCGUAAAAGGGAAAAAGAUAGAGAAGACAGAGAAAAACAGAAACAGCUUAAAGAAGAAAAGAAGGAAAAGCGUAAGACACAAAAAGGUGAAAGGAAGAGGUAGCCUACGAAACAUGCAAUGUAAAGAGCUAUGUUGCUCAUUAUUAUCAUAUGAAAUGCUGUUAAAAUAUCCUAGAUAACACAAACUUCAAUUAUGAUUUUUAUUAUAGUAUCCUUGUUUGAUGUGGAAAUCAUCAUG